ACAUGUACAGCCUGUGGGUGUACGCGGCGCCUCGACAACCAAUUACGAGCCGUAGUGCAGACGCUGAUAAGUAAGGUUACAUUGUAACUUUUUGGUUACCUGUCUGCAUCAAGGUGCACGUCUCUCCAAUUAUCUCCUGGGGCCGGUCAGUUCUCUGCUGGACUUACUGCAUGGUUGGGUUUCCCGUUCAUUAAAACUAAAUGGGACUCCUGGGGCAAACCCUCCUCUUGUGCUGCCUGACUUUGGAAGCCUUUGCAACAGGACACAAGGCUGCGCAACCGACGGUGACAACGAAGUAUGGAAAACUGCGAGGGGAAACUGUGUCGGUAAAGGAGACAGACCGGAAAGUGGACACGUUCCUUGGAAUCCCAUUUGCGAAGCCACCGGUUGGAGAAUUGAGGUUUGAAUCUCCCGAGCCACCAGAGCCUUGGAGCUCUGUCCGGGAUGCCACUAAAGAACCAGCCAUGUGUAUACAAAAUGAAAAGAUUUCGAAAGACCUACUGGAAAAGUUUGGGGUUAAGUUUGACCUGCCUCCUGUUUCAGAAGACUGCUUGUACCUAAAUAUUUUCAGUCCACAAGGCAGAGAAAUGAAUUCCAAAUUACCAGUCAUGGUUUUUAUACACGGAGGAGGAUUUUCCAUGGGGGGGGCGACCAUGUCUAACGGAGCUGCUUUAAGUGCCUAUGAGAACGUUGUGUUUGUGUCAAUCCAAUACCGUCUCGGAAUCCCGGGAUUCUUUAGUAACGGAGAUGACCAAGCACGUGGCAACUUUGGCUUUUUGGACCAAGUGGCUGCUCUACAGUGGAUCCGCGAGAAUAUCGAAGAUUUCGGAGGUGACCCUGAGUCUGUCACCAUUUUCGGGGAGUCGGCGGGUGGUGUGAGUGUUGCUGCUCUGGUUUUAUCUCCUUUAUCCAAAGGUUUAUUCCACAGAGCCAUAGCUGAGAGUGGAGUCGCAUUAAUUCGGGGGCUGUUCGCCACUAAAUCUGAAGAUUUACUUCCAAUCCGAAAUCUUGUUGCCAAUAUAUCUGGUUGCGAUCUUGGAACUUUGGUGAAAUGUUUGAAGAGGAAAACAGAAGAUGAACUCAUCUUGAUUUCCGAAUUAAUGGUGACAGCGGCCCUGCCUGCCUGCGUGGACGGAGUAUUUAUGCCCAAACCGCCUGAGGAGAUUCUGGCCAACAAAGAGGGUAACAACGUACCCUUCAUGAUUGGCAACAAUGACCACGAGUUCAGCUGGAUGAUUCCAGAGGCUUUUAACAUCAGCGGACUGACAGAAGGAACAGAUAAGGAGACGGUCCUUGCAUUUCUGAAAACCUUUCCAUGGAUGGUUUUGAGCAACAAAUCCAUUCCGUUGGUGAUGGAGGAAUACUUCGGUGAUAGCAACGAUCCUCUGGAAAUCCGAGAUCGGUUUCUCGAUUUGAUAGCGGAUAUAAUGUUCGUUAUGCCGGCGCUCAGGACUGCCAAGUAUCACCGAGAUUCCGGAUUCCCGGUUUACUUUUACGAAUUCCAGCACCGGGCGUCAAAGUUUAAAGAUUCCAGACCAGAGUUUGUGAAGGCAGACCACGGGGACGAGCUCUUCUUUGUCCUUGGAGGCCCAUUCCUGAGUGGAAAUGUCUUGUUUCAAGGUAGCGCAACAGAAGAAGAAAAAAGACUUAGUAAACAUAUGAUGAAAUACUGGGCCAACUUCGCUCGGAAUGGAGACCCCAACAGUCCGGAUCUGGCAUAUUGGCCAAAGUAUGAAGAAGAUGAGGCUUAUCUGGAAAUUCAAUUAAAACCAAAGUCAUCCAGGAAGCUGAGAGAGAACCGGUUUGUAUUCUGGACCAAGACUCUCCCUGAGAAAAUCCAAAAGAUCUCAGAAGAGGAAGACGAUCACAUGGAACUGUAGAUCGUCUGGAUAAAAGGAAUCGUAACGCUUGAGUCAGCAGAAGGGUUUUUCUGUUCUUAUGACAGGAGGUCAGACUAACUGAUCAUCUACACGUAACUGUUUAGUUUACUUCACCAUUUUAACAAGAAGAUUGUAACACUGAUUCAGUCCAGACUGGGACAUAAAAUAGGUUCUGGCCCUUUAAGGCCAGCAGCCCACUGGUGAGAGCCAUGCAGUGCCCAUGAAUAGCGGGUGUGAAGAAGGAUUUUCCUAAAUAACGCCUCGUUUUUGGGGCUCUUGUUGUAAAGCACCUUUCAGUUUUUUUCAAGGGUCUCACCUGUAAAAGACAAGCAGCGCCGGGUCUACACAACCCUAGUCCUCAAAAUCUGCAAGCAGGCUUUUUUUACUGGAUAUUCAAGCUUAGACAAAGAUAUAUAAAUUAAAAAUGUCAUGAAACUAAAUGUUUUCAGGCAGAGCUACACAGAAGUUGGGUUUGCAGCCCUGGAGGACUAGAGUUGGACGGACCCAAUACCAGAAAAGUAUGAGUUUUGCAGGGUGGACAAUGGGCCACCAACCUGUCCUCAUUUGCUUCCAGAUUAAAAUCAUUGCUCAAGGCAAGACCAGCAUUUGUUGAUAUUCUCUUCCUUAAUGAUGGUCCAUAGAAUAGGGUUAGAGUAUACCCUGAGCAGAUCUUUUCACCUCCUCCUUCAUCAUCCAUCUUUCAAGAAGUAAUGUACCGUUGAGCUCCUCUCUGAUUUCACACGUGUCACUGUAAACAUUGAAUAAAAUACGAUUUACACCGAA